AAGGCAAUGCAGCGCAACGGUGGCUUUGUUUACUGCUACGGAAAUUUAUUUAGCCUAUUGUUCUACUUUGGCUUAGUGACUUUUCAAGUGAAGAAUCCUGAACAUGGAGGAGCUGCCUCGUCUCGGUGGACGACGGCCUACGCCCUAUCGGCGCGAGUUUUAAUUGUUACCUGUUUUUUGGGUAGCGUGGUGGUGAAGCUAAGGGAUCCGGAGAUGGCGGCUGCUAUGUUUGGGCACCUCAGCCCGCUGGUCAAAGCGAUAUUCUCAUGGGAGUGCCUCAGUUGUUCGAUCACCUACGUGGAAUACUGUCUGUCGCUAGACAGCCAAAGAAGCAGGCACAUCCGACUCGUCGCAAGCAUGCAGGAAUUCGAUCGGUCUGUCCUGGAGGUGUUCCCUCAGGUGCAGUGGAACUAUCAAAGGUCACGCUUCAAAUAUUGGUAUGGCACUAUGAUCGUGGGAUUCUGUUUCUUCAGCUUCUCCAUUUCGCUGAUCUUUGAUACGGCGCGUUGCACUUGUGGAAUCCCGUCCACUCUGAUUAUGGCCUGUAUGUACACCCUACUCACCAGUUCCUUGGGGUUAAUAGGCUUUGUUCACGUGGCAGUCAUGGACUUCCUGCGGGUGCGCCUGCGACUGGUGCAGCAGUUGCUCCGCCAACUUUACGAAAGGGAUGGGAGUCCAGAGGUUCACGAGAGGAUUUCAUUUCUGUUCGAUAUGUCCAAGCGUUGUUCUUUUCUUCUGGCAGAGCUAAAUGGAGUGUAUGGUUUUGCGGCUGCCGCCGGCAUCUUUUAUGACUUCACGAUUAUGACUUGCUUCGUGUAUGUCAUCUGCCAAAAGAUGCUGGACAGAGAGCCCUGGGACCUGGAGUACACCUUCAUGCUGCUACACGUGACCAUACACACCUACAAGGUGAUCAUCACCAGCUCCUAUGGCUACUUGCUGCAGAGGGAGAAGCGCAACUGCAUGCAGUUGCUGGGCAACUAUUCGAGAUACUUUCCCGGACAGGAUGUGGCCCGCCGGCAGACGGAGGACUUUCAACACUGGCGCAUGCACAAUCGGCAGGCAGCCCUGGUGGGCAGUACAAUAAAACUGAAUUCCUCGACCAUUUUCCUGGUGUACAACGGCAUGGCCAACUACGUGAUAAUCCUGGUACAGCUGCUAUUUCAGCAGCAGCAAAUCAAAGAGCGCCAGCUAACGUCGGGCAUGGAUGUGGAUAUUGUAGGACCUGUGGGUCCCAUUACCCACAUGGAUUAACCGUAAAAUUCUUCAAUU